UGCAUUUUUUUUUUCCUGGAGGUUUCUAUUUGUGCAGAUCCCUUGAGUUGCGGGCAGGAAGGAGACUUCUCCAGGAGGUUUCAUGGAGACAUUCAGUAAUGGCCCUGCAUCUUCUGGCAAGGAACCAGCAACCCCAGUGCAGCCAUGCCCACCAUACCUCUAACAUGAAAAGACCCACAGCAUGCACAGAGCACUGAAUUUCUGCUGGACUCACAGCCAUGAAUUUUUCUGCUGAAUCACAUUAGACUUUAAAAACAAACAAAAAAACCAGCUGGUGACAAAAAUACCCCUUUUUGUUACCAUUCGCAUAUUCUAAUCCAAAGCACAGCAUGCCAGAAACCAUCGUGUGCUGAUACGUUUCCUGAUAGGAAACGCAAACACCCUGCAUGUCCACCUAUGGCUGCCUCAGCAGCACUGCCAGCACUGCUUUCCUGGAGGCCUGCUCUGCCCUCCGUGCACAGCAGCCCCAGGGGUGUCCUGCAAGGGAGGUUAAAGGCUGCUGCCAGCACUGGGGCCACAGGCAGACGGUGCCACCUCCGUGCCCACCUCCUGCUCUGCCCCAGACCCGGAGCAGCCCAGGGGCGCGGUGGUUAAUGUGUAACCCGCACCACCGCCUCUAUCCCUGCCUCACGGCCGCAGGAGGGAAUGUGGCCGCCAGGCUGGCCCUGGGCGAGCGGCGCCGUGGGGCAUCAAGGUAGCCAUGGCCUGCCCAGGAACGGCCAUCCCCGUCACCGCCACACUUCACCAGCACAGCUGGCUGCACCGCCCGCCCUCAAACUUGUUUUUCUGCCCUGCAGCUUCCUGGAGCUCAAUGGCUCCCACCGGCCUGCUGGGUGUCUGCGGCCUGCUCUGCGCCUGGGGGGUGGCGGCGGCAGGACGGCCCUGUGGCCUGGACCACCAGGGAUGGGCUGACUGCAGCGGGAAGAGCCUCCUGCACGCUCCAAGCUCCCUUCCGAGAAACAUCACCGGCUUAGACCUCUCCUUCAACAGCUUGGUCAUGCCGCAGCGCGGGACACUCUUGAUGCAUUUCCCUUCCCUGCGCUCCCUCAACCUCUCUAGCAACGCCCUGCUCACACUGCACCCCGCCGUCUUCUCCAACCUCAGGGCACUAUGCCUGCUGGACCUGAGCAACUGCAGCAUCACCUACCUCCACACAGACGCUUUCAAGGGCUUGGAAAACUUGCAAACACUGCUUCUAAGAAACAACAAUUUGCGAGAGCUGGAGGUCCCGUUCUUUCUGCCGCUGAGAAGUCUCCUCCACCUGAACCUGCAGAACAAUGCACUGAUGUCCGUGGACACUUUGAUGUUGCAGCUGAUGGAGGCCAUCCCAUGGGUGCAGCUGGAUGGAAACCCCUGGGUCUGUGACUGUGUCACAUAUCCCUUGCAGCAGUGGCUGAAGCGCAGGCAAGCCAUGCAUGUCACCUGUGCGUCACCCUCGGAGCUGCAGGGACAGGACAUCGCAACUCUGGACUCCUGGGAGCUGGGCUGCCAAAAAAGCCAGAGGUUUCCUCGAGAUGUCAGCCCAGCACAGCAGACCACCGUUACAAACAACAACACCACCGUGCCACCUGUGGGGAAGGGAGGAAGGAGCUGGCCCUACCUAGUGGGUUUCCUGGUGGCUGCCAUCAGCAUCUCCAUCCUGGUUGCUCUGGUUGCCAAGUGCAAGAUCUGCCACAAGAACUUCACCAGCUACCGCCACCGGCCGCUGCCUGAAACCAGCUCGAUUGGAGGCAGCCCCUUGGAGGAGGGCACUGGCUGGGACAGGGGCUCCUCAGGCUGGGGUGACAGUGAGAACCCCCCCGUGUCCAAUAUCACUGGCCUGCAUGUUGAAGAUGAUGAUGGCUUCAUCGAGGACAACUACAUUCAGCCCAGUGAGCGGCUGCCAGAGGAAGAGGAGAGAGAGUCACACAUCUCCAUAUGAGGCUGCAGUCCAUCUCCAUCCCCAUGCCCCCAUCUCCUUCCUGCCAUCUCCACCUACCCUUGGCUUUUGUCCCCAUGCAGAUGGGGACAGGAGGAAAGGAGUGGGGUGAAGGUGUCCAUGUAUCCUGCUGUGACACCAGCAGAGCUGCACUGGCUUGGAGACACCAGAUGUGCUGCUGUUCUCCCAGUCUUGCUUGGGUACUGAGGAUGAACAGGAUGAUCUUGAUUGCAGCUGGGCAAGGCAAGAUGCCCAGGGAUGGGUCUGCCCCUCUCCCUGUCCCGCUGCUCCUUGUGGGGACUUGGGCACCAGCCCCUCUGCCCUGUGGCACUGGACCUGGCCCUGCACUGUCCCCACUCUGUUGUCACUCUGGGAGCAAUUAAAGCAUGAUUCAACCCUGCCUCUGCCUAUGAUGGUUUGCUGGGGCUCUCUCUCUCUCCAUGGCCCUACAUCUGGCCAGUGGUGUGUGGCAGCCUGACCUCUACAUUUGUCUCAGAUGGCCAAUCCUUUUGUUAGCAAACUUUUAUUGCUUACACUGCAAGGAUUUCCUGUGUCAGUCCUACAUGUGGGGCAGUACAGCUUCUAUCCCACUGACUCCCCUGCGGACUGCACAGGGCUGGCUGCCCUGUCUUGGGCAUGGGAUGUCCCGUAGAGCAGUGCUGCCAAGACCCUCCAGCUCCCCAUCCUCUGCUGUGACUUGCUACCAGCAAGAAGGCAGUCCAGAUCCUCUUUAUGCUGGCAUCAUAUUCACUCCUCAUGCAGCAGCCAUUUGGUGUUCACACUGAUGCUGUAAACAAGGUGUGCAAUUGAUCAGUUUACUGAGUGAUAAAACAGGUAAAGUGAUGCUGAACAACCCAUACACACUGUGGAUGACAGGAGUGAAUUAUCUUUGUGUGAGAAGGCUCUGCUGCAGUGUUUGCUUCCAGUACUAUGUGAGCCACCAGGGCUGGAUGCUCAGGAAGCAGCUCCACAGCUGUCUGCUGGCAGGACAGUCUCUUUCCUGUGCUCUGCUGCUCCCUCCAGCUGUAUUAAAACACAGAGAGCUUAGGAACUGAGGUCUUUGGGCUCUCCAGGUGAAGGCAUGAAAAUAAUUAGGAAAAUAGGAGGUCCCAUUUGCCAGGCUUCCUCCUCUGGCCCAGGUAAUUGCUCAUUAUGACUCUGGAAGGCUAGUACUAGUAGUAGGAGAUGGGUGCUUUUCAGCUGCAUUUGACUUUAGUCAUAACCUCUCCUCAGCCUCAGGAGGAGACCUGAAGGGCUGUGGCAGCUUCUGCUCCUGUGCACAGGCAGUGAUAGCCUUUGACUAAGCAGCUACUGUGAAGAGGCACAUAGAACAUCUGCAGUGGCAGGUGGGCACGUGUGCUACCAUGAAAUGGCCACCUCUCAGGACUGAUUGCACAGCCACCAUCGUAGCAUUUUGCAACUAUUCUAAUUGCUACAUUCAUGUCAUCUCUGUGGUGAGAUGUCACAGCUCACUUCUCAUUGUCCCUAAAAGUUUGGGAACCUCCGCCCUGCUCCUCAGGGGAAUGCCUUCCUGCAGCCCUGCCACGCGGCUGGCUCCCCACUGCUGACUGCUUCAUUAUAAAUUGUCUUUUCCUUUACUUCUCUUCCUACUAAGAUGUUUACGCAACACAGUGUAUACAAAAGCAAAUAACACACCUCAGAGAAUGUAAAGCAAAGGGCACUACUGGAGCAGGCAUUCCAGACACUAAGCAAAGAGGAAGCUUAGAGCAUUUCUCAGGCAAGGAACAUUUUGCCUGAAACUAUGAAGAGAUGGAAACCUGGUGCCUUGUUUCAAUGGUCAGUCAGUUCUCUCUCUUAUAUGCCUUAUCUAUAAACUGAGCACUUCCUGGCUUAAUUUUGUAGUCACUGCUCCGUGUUUUGUCA